GACAUUCAAUUAUUCAAAAUUCCAGCAUGUCAGUAACAAAUUAAGUAAUCGCUAUCAUUUCAAGUAAUUUUCAUUCGGCAUCAGAAGAACUCAAAAACUAACUGAAAACUGAAACUAAAAACCGUACGUGACUGAAAUUCAAAUAGCAGCGGGAAAAGCUACACAUUUCAUUGUAGCCAACUUCAUGUCAUCACGAAAAAUGGCGUUCAUAUUGAUUAACACCACAAUUAACUGCCAAAAAAGUUGAGCUGGGAAGGUCACUUGGACUCUACGGAUCAAAACAACAAUAUCACUAUGACAUCUGAAGAUUUACUGCAACCAGGACAUGUUGUCAAGGAACGAUGGAAGGUGGUGAAAAAAAUUGGUGGUGGUGGAUUUGGGGAAAUUUACGAAGGUCUAGACUUGAUUACGCGCGAACAGGUUGCACUUAAAGUGGAAUCUGCUCGACAACCGAAGCAAGUUUUGAAGAUGGAAGUGGCUGUUUUGAAAAAGUUGCAAGGAAAAGAACAUAUUUGCAGAUUUAUUGGCUGUGGUAGAAAUGACAGAUUUAACUAUGUUGUGAUGCAGUUGCAAGGGCGUAACUUGGCGGAACUGAGAAGAGCCCAACCCAGAGCUGCCUUCAGUUUGUCGACGACCUUGCGAUUAGGUUUACAAAUACUCAAGGCCAUCGAAAGUAUACAUUCUGUCGGCUUCUUACAUCGUGAUAUUAAACCUAGUAAUUUUUCAAUGGGCAGACUACCGUAUAACUGUAGAAAAGUGUAUAUGUUAGAUUUUGGUCUUGCCCGGCAAUAUACGACGGCAACAGGUGAAGUGAGGGCACCACGUGCGGCCGCUGGUUUUCGGGGCACCGUACGCUACGCCAGCAUUAAUGCACAUAAAAAUAGAGAAAUGGGUCGACACGACGACCUCUGGAGUCUAUUCUACAUGUUAGUGGAAUUUGUGAAUGGCCAGCUGCCUUGGCGAAAAGUCAAAGACAAAGAGCAAGUUGGACUGAUGAAGGAGAAAUACGAUCACAGGUUAUUGUUAAAACAUUUGCCGUCCGAUCUUAAACAAUUCCUGGAUCACAUCCAGAGUUUGGAGUACGCUGACAAACCGGAUUAUCAGAUGUUGAUAGGGCUCUUCGAGCGCUGCAUGAAGCGCAGGGGCGUCAAGGAAACCGACCCCUACGACUGGGAGAAACCGACGCAAACCGACAACCAGCCGGUUCCGCAGACAGUUUCCACGACAACUCAGCCAGCGAUGGCCCCCACGACCGUUCCACGUCACACCAGACAUACCACAACUACCGAUAAUAACCAAGAGAACAUCGAACCUACUGACAACAAAGAGGCACAACUCGAUGCCAGAAGACGUAUAGAAACAGAAAAUACAGCUCCUCUAGUCACAGAUACGCAAAUAAAUCCUACCAGAGCUACGGUUGAUAAGAAUUGUAAUGCAACUGCAGUUGAUCAAGUGCAAGCCCGUAAGCGAAGAGCAACAUCUCACCUAGACCAACCUCCAGACAGACUGGAUAACGAUGCCGUAGCCUCGGCCAAAUCCUCAUCCGAAGCCGUUAAAGCGGCUCCGUUACGCAAGAGCCAAUCGGGCGUCGCUACGUUAGGACGGUUGCGGGUCGUCACGCCAGUCGCAGCUCCCACGCAAACUGGAAGUCUGGUGGAAUCCCCCGCCACGCCAGAGCAAGAGAGACCAAGAAGGAGACAGCCCUCGGCCGCCAGGAGUUCGCGGUCCGGUAUGAGGGAUCAAAGUUUGACUCAAUUUGCCGUUAUGGAUGACGAGAAUGUUAGUCAGCAAGAUAAGAAGGAUUGUAGUAGCAGUUUGCUGUCUGGAAGAUUAAAAUCUGUAAAUAUUAAUGCAAACGAAGGAAGACAAAUAAAUAUGACAAGAGGAGGAGGUGCGCUAACUCUGGCGAGCCAGUGGAAGUCGCAAUUCGAUGACAGCGAAGAAACGACGGACAAUGAAUGGAAACCAGAAAGUCCCGAACAUAGGGGAGGUCUGGGAGCAACUUCAGAGGCAGCAGCGGCUAUUUUGCCGCCAAUACUCAGUAGAAUAAGUGAAGAUUCGCGUACUAGUCAUAGGAAAUAUAUUAAUAUUGCCGGUAUCGAGGAGUAUCCGGAGCUAGUCGGAGGACUACCAAGGGCAUGGUCAACGCCCUGUCUGGGUCCCUGUGUUAGAUCCAACUUGAAACCACCACUCCUACAACAAGCAGCUUUCGACGAUCUCGUUUUCAAAGUUGACGUCAUGCGCAACGUGGCUUCCAAACAUUUACUGACAGAAAAUGAAGAGGAACCAGUCAAAUUGACGGAAUCUCACAGAUGCAACAGCCUGCCUGGAAUAAAUCUUCCCGAUAAGGAAGAAUUCAAGAAUGACACGAGUAGCAAAAAGGAACAACCGAAUGGAGAGGACGAAGGAUUGCAAGAGGUGGCGGGCAAAUUAGAAAUCCGAGUAGUGCCAAAAGAUCACGUGAACAAAGAAAAAGUACCCAGGCCGCAAAAUCUCAUCACUAAGCCUCCCAUUCAGAACGGUCAUUCAGAAGGGCCAGUUGAACACAAUAACGAUUUACAACCUAAACAAUCUCCUCAGAAGCCGAAGAUAGAAAGAACGAAAAGCAUUUUGAAGCAGAGCAGUAAGGAGAAGAGUGAUCUACAAGAGCUGCCGCCCAGCCCAAAGAGAGAAAAUAUUUGUUUUGCACCGGAUCCCAUACAAAAAGGAAAACAAGAUAGUGAGUCUGUCAAUAAACAGUCAUCGGAAAUGCAAACUGCAGAAACUGAUAGGGAAGUACAAUGUGACAUUCAAAAAUCAGCACCUUUAGGAACUAAUAGAAGAAACAGCCCGGUAGCCGACAGUGUUGUGCCGGCCAAAAGUGAUAAAGAAAUAGGUACCGAUAUUCCAAUAGGAAAAACAGUAGAAACCGAAUCUAGCAGUACCGAAACCGACCAAAAACUACUACGCGAGGGAUCUCAACAGGAUAAUUCAGAAAAGAAUAGAAAAUUGAUGAAUAGAAAAUCUAGCGUAAAUUUCGAUCAAGUGGAAUCUCUUUGUCGAAGUAAUUCGCAAAAAGCCAUUUGCAAACCCCUAGAGGCUGUGAAAAACCAUCUACCGCUUAACAUAAUGGACUCAAAGUCCGAAAGCAGUUCGAGUAGUAGAAAAUUUGAGGGGAAUGGAGAGAGAGAAGCGAAGUUGGAAUAUAAGGAUAGGCUGAUGUGUUCGGGGGGCAUAGACUUGGGAACAAACCCGAAUGUUACGUUUGUGUCCAGUAGUAGCAUUCCAGAAUUGAGAGAGAAAAGGUCUAUUGCAAACGGUCUCAGUCCGGGCAUGGACGAACAAUCGGAAUAUUACGACGCCACUGAAAAUCCAUUACUGAAAGACAAACGUCAGGAUCAGGACGACGAAGAUAGCGGCGUCGAUAAUGCUAGUCAAAUUUUAAGGGAAACUUCGGUGAGUCCAGCAAUGGAAGGUCGACUGUCAAAAAUUCCAGUAGCGGUUAGCGGCCAGCGAUUGGCCAAAUGCAUGUCGUGGUCUGGAGAUUUGACGCCUGGACUUAGACGGCGCAGACAGACCGAUAAAUACGUCACGGAUCCCAGCCAGCUUAAGCUUAGAUUCAAACGGCAUUCUAGUAGUGGUCUAACCCAAUCCCUCACCAACUUUGCAAGAACAUUCCAAGAUUUCCACAAUCGUUGUAUGUCAUGGAUUUUGUGUAAUUUCAGGUCUUCGCGUAAGAGGCAUCUCGACGUGCCUCAUUGACGCACCGGAGAGUUCUCCCGAAUCGUCGGAAGGCCCCCCGCCACCACCACCCAACGGGGAUCCCCCGUCGGAGUCACAGGUGCGAUGUCGCCGAUUCAGACCCAUCACAUAACCUCACAUUCGUAAAGAGUGCGAAGCACUGGACAUUGUUUUUUAAUUAUUUAUUGUGAUUCGGGGCUAUUACCCGGCUUGUUUUUAAUAAGAGAUACGAUUUCUGGAGAAAAAUUCCUUAAAAACUUCUCGUCCAACUGACCAAAAUCGUUCUAUCGAUUAAUUCACAUCAAAUAAUUGGCAGAUUCUAUGACAUUUGACUUAAUUGACGUUUAACGCGUGACAUUUGACAUUGAGUCUUUAUUAAGGUGUUGAUGUUAAAAAAAUGGUGAUUUGUAGGGUUUACGAACACUCGUGUAAGUGUUUUAACACACCUGUUAAAAUUUCUGUCAUGUUUACGUCAAGGUAGGUAAACAUACGAAAGGCAGAAAAAAUCAGGUAUGUCUCGAAUGUUCUUUUACAGGUAGUUUACUAUUUUUUACUGUCUAAAAUUAGUAACCUUACUAAUUAGGUAACUGACGAUAAAUAUUAAGAACUUUGACGAUUAAAAAGAUGACGUGACAGUUGUCAAAUAUUUAUCUGUCAAAUUUGAAUGUCAAAAAGCAGCUAAGUAGACGAAAACUGUAAUUUAAAAGAUAUAGACUUACAAGCUAUCAAAAACUAAUUUGCAACAUUUUCAUUUAUUGGAAAUAUUUCAGGGGCUUUUAAAUUUGCUUGCAUUUUAAUCAAGGCGAUCUAAUCCCUAUUUUACUAGCACUUUUAACAUGUAGAAAAUAUUGAACAUUGAUAGCUAAAUGUUUGUAUGCUAAAUAAAUAAAAAAUCGGCAUUUCAAGUAAAAUGGUGUGCUUUAAUUGAUAGAACUAUUAUGACAGGUUUGGCGAACCGUUGCGGAACCUUAGCUGAUAUUAUCCAAAAUAGCAUCUCCAAAAUGAAAAAAAUUGACAUCUAGAGAAUAUUAUAUAUUAAGCAUUACCAGUUUAAGGUAGUAAUGUUUUUAAGAAAGUGUCUUGGAACGGUGACGAUUUGAGGUAUUGUGAAAUGUGAUUUUUCUCUAUAAUAAUUUAGUCACGCUGUUUUUGAGCGGUGGUGCAUCAUUUUUUUUAUUGUAUUUUGUUUUUUUUAUAAAUAUUAAGUCCCCCAUUUUUGAAAUUUAUUGUUGACUCGACAAAUUGUUAAUGAAAUCGAUGGGAAUCACGCAAGGGGUUCAAAGUUGAAACGAACUAUCCUAUUUUCGCUCUAGGUGUUUUAUUUUAAAUGGGGUAUACCGAAUGUUCCAGCUUACAGAACGUAUCCCUACAGCUUUUUUAAUAGCAUACAAAUUGCGACGAGCAAAACGCAUGUUGGCAUACAAAAUCUUCGUUUUGAGUUUUUUAAUCCACUUUAUAAAAAAAGUAUUGUCUCUUCGUAAGGAUCCUUUUUUAAGUCAGGUUUCAAUUUGGGCGAGAAGAAAUAGUUAAUUAGGGUUAAAAAGUCUGAAAUGUGCAUUGAAGCAGACACCAGAGAAGUAAAAGCACGAAUAAGGCACGAUAUCGUAGAUAUUAUUUUAAUGACAAUUCCUGAGCCAUGUAAUAAACACUCUUCAUCAAUUAUCAGUGAAGUUUCUUUGAAAUCCAAAAAAAUUGUAGCCAAAUGAGGGCUAUUUUAAAUGUACCUGUUUGGCGGCCUUUUUUGAUAAAAUUAAUUAUUUUCAUUACUUCAAUUUGUUUGAUUAAGAAUAUUGUACUCGUAUAUUGUUUUCCUUCUAGAGAAUUCUUCAUGUUAUUUUUGUUAUGAUAUAGAACAUACAUUGAUUGAUAUUGUCCCGUUAAACUUCUAAAGGUUCUGUUCUACUAGUUGUUUUCAAAUACUUAUGUAUUCAAAUAUGUCAAAGAGUCAGAGUUAAAUAAAUAAUAAUAGUUAUUUUUCUCCAUUGUCUUCAAUAAGAAGAAGAAAAAAUUGUAUACAGUUUCCGAAAUUAAAAAAAGCCAAUACAUCAAACUACGACUUCGAAUGAAUUAUAAAUUGUAUAACAUUAAUAAAGCUGGGAUGUCUGGAACAAGCGGUACAAAAACCGAAGGCUUAUUAAUGAAAUUCUCCUUGUGUCAUUCUUAUCGGUUUUUGUGUCGAAAUAUUUUGCUAUGCUGAAUAAAGAGUAUAAUUCUAGUCGCAAGUACUGUUAUUUUUUUUAAAUUGGUACUUGAUGAAUUUCUAGUCAAGUAGUUCUACAAGAAACAAAAAAAAACCUAUUAAAAAGUUAAAAUACUCUGUAAAAUAAUGAUAUUGCAAAAUACUAGCUAAUAAAAAUCGUACCGUAACUUGUUAUUAAUUUCUAGACUGCUGAA